GCUUGACGCCGCCAUUUUAUGCCAACCUAAGUCCACCCUUAUAGUACCCUGCGCCUUGCACUUAGAUAUGAUAUGCCCGCAGGGAUCCUUAAAUGAGGUGAGGUCAAGUGCAGGGAUCAGACAUCGAGUCCUGCUGCGUCGGUGACAAUCUGCCUGCAUGUUCACUUUACUUUACUUUACUUAUCGAAAACUGCCGGCCUCGAACAUUUUAUUGUAUUGUACUCUGUACCUACCCCAUCAGCGAUAUUCACGAGUCACACUCACACCUGUCUGUCUGUGGCUGGCUGACUAUUGCCUCAUUUUCAUUUGCCUCGCCUGUUGUUGCCUUGCUUCCAAUACCGCAUCAUAUCCCAUCAACCAACCCUCUUUGCCCUUUAUACCUUACCUUGCCUCCAACAUCCCCCGAGAGAAUAAAGCAUUGAUCUGACGGCCUCUUCCCGAUACAAGCCUGUACUUGCAUCUGUCGGACAUAUUCUGCCAGUCGGCGUCUCUUCCGCCAUAUAUGAGCAUACAACGACAGGCGAGAGAAAGGAGCAGUGAUACUCUGUUCGCCAUUCAAGUAUCGUGAUCCCACUCAUUCAUCAUCAUCAUCAUCAUCAUCAUCAUCACCAUCCCUGACGCGGAAGCUCCCUCUGACAAUCAGGCUGUUGGGCUAUCUUUGGCAUUGAAACAUCGGAAGAACGUCUCUGAUAGGGUUAUUUGAUGGCCAUAUACGACACUGUAUUACCCAGAUAUGUUAUAAAACCUCUCUUGGGUCAGUUUUGAGGCGGCAUACUAGUGCCAUGUAUAAGAAUACAUCAAGAAAAUCAUUCAAUACUUUGGAACCAAAAACAAUAUGACAGCCUUUAGCAUUGUUGUUCAACCUCCUGCUCGAGCCCAGGUCUCGACCACCCUGCAUCCACCUCUCGUUGCAGAGCUAAACUUCAGAGGGGCUGUACCUGGCCACUAUUUCUUCGCCAUGGCUUUCUUACUUACGAGAGAAGGGAAUAUUGUUGAGGGAGGCUUGUCGGGGACCACUUCGGUGAACGGCGUCGAUGUAACCACAGCUGGAGCUUCAAGAACAACAAUCCAUUUCCCGUACACAGACCUUGCUAUUCUAGUUGAAGGCGCUUACAAGAUAAGAGUCGACGUUUACAAGGUUGCCUACGACAACACAGACGGCUAUGAUUUUCAAGAGCACGCCAAGAGCAGUCGUGUCACCGUCGUUAACGAAGCAGUGCCGGCUGUAAGUGUUGGUUCCGUUGAGCGCAGCAUCAUCCGAGCUCUCCAGGCCGCUGGAGUCUAUAUCCAUUAAUCAUAAUACCAACCUCGCAAAACACCAAGACGCAAAAUAUUCAAAGCAUAAUGACAAACAUAACAACGAAAACUGCAAGACUGCUCAUAGGUAUCUCGCAGAGGCUAUCAGGCAGAAUCAGAAUUCUAUCGGCGGUGUCGAGGAUUAAGCAUGAGUCUGCAUGACAGGUAACAACGAGGUUUUGAGGAACUGCGACACGACAUCCACGGUGGUCAGUCGGGGAGAUUUCACAUGUAUUAUAUAUAUCUUGGUCUUAAAGGGCCAGCGGAACUGACUCAUCAGUUGUUGUGUGUUUACGCCCUCCGCGGAAAUUUCAAAAAUCAUAAUAGCUCGGACCCUACCCGCUGGGAUACACUACGUCUCGCUUAGAAGCUCGAUGGAACCUCGGCGGCUGAAGAGCUCCGGGCUGCAGAUGAGCGUGCGUAAUCUAGCUUUUGAAG